AUGUAAUAAAAUUAAUUAGUAUAAACUGAAUCAAACUUGCUUCAAUAAACCUUAUCAGAUUAUCAAAAUCUAUCUCCUAAAUAUGCUAAAUAAAAUUAAAAAAUUACUUCUGUUUAAAAUCAAAAAUAACAAUUAUUUAGAAAAUUACAAUAAUUUCAUCGAAAUCAAAAGAUUUUUACAGAAUUUAAUUUAAUAUCUCAAUUACCAACUUAAAAGCUAAUUUCUAGUCCAAUAGAAGGUAGAGCUUUAUUAAAUAAUUUAAUAUUCCCAAGUAAUUCAAAAAUGAUACUAAGUCUCAUAGAUUUAAGAAAAGAUCAGAAUAUUUAAAAGGAAAAUUAAUUUUCAAAUAGAAAAAGAUUAUAUGCAUAAUCACAUCAAGAGUUUAAAAUAUAAAAAAAUGAAUUCAAAUCACAAGCUUAAAAUUUUAAAAUUCCAUUAAAUAAAUUGAACAAAAUUGGUUAAUAAGAUCAAAAUUUUUCAUAAUAACUUAGGCGUAGUAGAUACAUUUCAUUACAAAUGUUUCGUACAAAUUGUUAAUUAUUAAUAAAUGGAGCUUAAAGCAUUGUAACUAGUAGAGAUGCAACACCAAAAAAAAAAUGA